UUUGGCGCAAGGGGACGAUUUUGCUUUCUUGAACGGAACAACUAACGGGAGAGAGGGAAAGGGAAAAUCAUGAAAAUUGGGAGACUCUGAUAGGGAGUGCCAUCAGCAUCAUCCCUCCUCAUUAAUUACUCCGCUACCGCCAAGGUCAGAGAUAGUCUUCUCUCUCCCUUUCUAAACACCAAACUUUGAGAUCUCUCAAAACUCUAUUUUCUAUUUCCUAUUUCCCUGAUUGUUUUUCUGCCCUUUCUCGAGAAAAUAAACUUCAAUUUCCUCCCCGAGCAACAAAAGAAAAAUGUCAGACGCAUUGAUCAAUGGGCUUGCCGGAGCUGGAGGUGGGAUCAUCGCUCAGCUGAUCACAUAUCCUCUUCAAACCGUGAAUACUCGACAACAAACAGAGCGUGAUCUAAAGAAAGAGAAGAGGAAGCUUGGAACUGUUGAUCAAAUGUGUCAGGUCGUAAAAGAAGAAGGUUGGGGACGAUUGUACGGAGGUUUGACGCCGUCGCUGGCAGGGACAGCUGCUUCUCAGGGUGUUUACUAUUAUUUCUAUCAAAUAUUCAGGAACAAGGCUGAAGCUGCUGCACUUGAACAGAUGAAGUUAGGAAUUGGUGAUGGAUCAGUUGGGAUGCUUUCGUCACUUGUGGUGGCUGCUUUAUCUGGGUGUGUGAAUGUGCUGUUGACGAACCCUAUAUGGGUAAUUGUUACCCGCAUGCAGACUCAUACAAAAAUCUCAAAGUCCUUAUCUGAGACACGACCAAUAACUUCAGAUGAAGCAAUUCUUACUGCAGCAACUGAGCCACCACCAUUUGGGACUACCCACGCGAUUCAAGAAGUUUACGGUGAGGCUGGAGUUUUGGGUUUCUGGAGAGGUGUAUUUCCAACAUUAAUUAUGGUUAGUAAUCCUUCCAUACAGUUCAUGUUGUAUGAAACCAUGUUAAAGAAGCUUAGGAAAAGACGUGAUUUGAGUAAGCAGGGUAACAACGGAAUAACAGCUUUGGAGGCUUUUCUUCUUGGUGCUGUGGCAAAACUAGGAGCUACUGUUGUCACAUAUCCUCUUCUAGUUGUCAAGGCGAGGCUUCAAGCUAAACAGGUUGCAACUGGUGACAGAAGGCAUCAUUAUAAAGGCACAUUGGAUGCUAUUUUGAAGAUGAUCCGAUAUGAAGGCUUCUACGGGUUUUACAAAGGGAUGAGCACAAAAAUUGUGCAAAGUGUACUUGCAGCUGCUGUUCUGUUUAUGGUUAAGGAAGAACUUGUUAAGGGAGCUCGGUUCUUGCUUACCAGUAAGGCCACUAAAAAAUUGAAGUCAAAGGCUUCAUUGUAGACUUAGCAAGGCGUCUAUGAUCAAACUUAUACUUACAAUUUUUUUUCCCUCUUUGACAACUCUUGCGUUGAGAAAUAAAUAGGUUGCUAGAGGGCUGAAUGAAGUAAUUGUAUACCAAAUGUUAUAUGUUAUCGUAUAUGACCCUAAAUGAUUUGUAUACCAAUGUUUUGUUUGGUAGGUCUUAUUCGGUUCAAGCCUAAUUAUAUAGUGACAGUGAUUGUUAGCACUGAUUUCUUUA